UUCCGGCUUCUUCACCUCGGUCCAGUUUUCCAAAACAGGUGAAACCCACAACAUUAUGAAUCGAUAAAUGGAUCAGAUUUAGACCGACAUUCAAUCCUUUUACCACUAUUUCAGUUUUAAGACAGUUUCGUACUGCUUGAGGUCCGGGUUUACCGACUAACUCUAGUUGUCAACUGUUGCGGAUUAGUUUUGAUCGAAGCGGAUUGCGAUCAUGAUGGCGUCGAGCUACAACGCUAAGGAAGAGGACGGACGCAACUCGAAUUCAUCGACUCACGGCGGGGCGGCAGUGGCGAAAAGUAAAAAACCGGACAACACCGCUUUCAAACAGCAAAGACUCCCUGCCUGGCAGCCAAUCCUGACCGCAGGCAAUGUGCUGCCUGCGUUUUUCGUUAUCGGACUCAUCUUCAUCCCCAUCGGGAUCGGCCUGUAUGUGACAUCAAACAACAUAAGAGAGAUUGAGAUUGAUUACACUGGUUCGGAGUCUGGCAGUCCCUGUAAUGACUGCUCCACAAACUUCACCUGGAACACAACAACACCAUGUAUCUGCACUGUGAACUUCACGUUGAACCAGCCAUUUGAGGGUAAUGUCUACAUGUACUAUGGCCUGUCCAACUUCUACCAGAACCACAGACGAUAUGUCAAGUCCAGAGAUGACAGCCAGCUCAAUGGGAAUAUAAAGUCAUUAAAGGAACCCAGUAAGGAAUGUGAGCCAUACCGUACGGACCCUGUGACGAAAAAACCUAUAGCCCCGUGUGGCGCCAUAGCAAACAGCCUUUUCAAUGACACCCUGGAGCUGUUUCACAAUGAACCCAAUGGCAGAACUACUGCAGUUCCUCUGGCAAAGAGAGGCAUUGCUUGGUAUACAGAUAGGACUGUGAAGUUCAGAAAUCCUGUCGGCGAUAACCUUUCUGAGGUUUUCAAAGACACAGAGAAGCCGAUGAACUGGAUGAAGCCAGUGUACGAGUUGGACCCAUCAGAUCCGGAAAACAACGGCUUCAUCAAUGAAGACUUCAUCGUUUGGAUGCGCACGGCCGCUCUGCCUACUUUUCGGAAGCUCUAUCGCAUCAUCCACAAAAAUUCUAGUUCAACUUUGACUCUACCAAGCGGCAGCUACACCUUGAAGGUUGCUUACAAUUACCCCGUUAGCAGCUUCGACGGUCGGAAGCGAAUGAUCCUGAGCACCAUUUCCUGGAUGGGAGGGAAGAACCCCUUCCUGGGCAUCGCCUACAUCACCGUGGGCUCCAUCUGCUUCUUCCUGGGCGUCGUCCUGCUCAUCAUCCACCAUAAAUACGACUCCCGCAACAACAGCGCAGAUAUCCCAAACUAAAAAGCUCCCAUGUUGGGUCUCAGAGUCUGUGCAUGCGCUGCUGGCCCUGAAGGGUCUGCUAAGAGACUGCUUAGCUUUAGUUCGGGUACACUGUGAAAGUCUGUGGUGUGUUUACACAACGGCAGACAUUUCUGAAAUGUCACAUCUUAGCUGUGCUUACCAGUUGUGUGUUGUUUUGUUUUUUUGGUGUAUAUAGCUUCAAACUGGAUGUGUGUAUUCUUUAAACUGUUUGCAUAUAUUAUAUACCGAACCAGUCCUGCUGACGAAUGUAACAACUUACCUCUGGUUUUCAAGAAGAUCUUUUAUUACAAAAAUGAAGAUUUGUUGCUUUUAUGCUGUAAUUAAUGGUAAACAUUUAAACCCAACAAAAGUAUUUAACCCUUAAAUACACAGA